UCCAAGCAAAUUUAGACUCGGCCAUGGCCAUGAAGGCCUUGCGGGACACUCUUCAACAGUUCUUCUUAAUCUUCGUAACCCUAUCUUCCCUCUGCUUCUCUAGCAACGAAGAUGAUUGUUGUUUCCGUUCAACAACAACACCAGCUCGUCCGGACGAAUCCAUCAAAGACCGGAUACUUAGCCUCGCAAAUGAUCGAGAAACAGUGGAUUGGAUGAAGCGAAUAAGGAGGAGAAUACACGAGUACCCUGAACUUGCUUAUGAAGAAGUUGAGACCAGUAAGCUCAUUAGGCACGAACUUGAUCUACUCGGCGUUUCUUAUCGCUGGCCAGUGGCUAUAACCGGUGUCGUCGCUGAAAUUGGUUCCGGUUCUCCACCCUUCGCUGCUCUCAGAGCCGAUAUGGAUGCUUUACCUAUUCGGGAAUUGGUGGAAUGGGAGCAUAAAAGCAAAGUAGAUGGCAAAAUGCAUGCUUGUGCACACGAUGCCCAUGUUGCCAUGCUGCUUGGAGCAGCCAAGAUACUGCAGAAACUUCGAUGCCAGUUGCAGGGAACUGUAGUUCUAAUAUUUCAACCAGCUGAGGAACGAGGUGCAGGAGCCAAAGACAUGAUAAAAGAGGUUGUUCUUGAGAACGUGGAAGCCAUUUUCGGGUUACAUUUGGUGCAUGCAUAUCCUUCUGGUGUGGUCGCCACAAGAGCCAAAGAAUUCCUAGCAGGUUGUGGGAGCUUUAAAGCCACGAUUACAGGUAAAGGAGGUCAUGCUGCGAUUCCCCAACACGCCAUUGAUCCGAUUUUGGCAGCUUCGACGGCGAUAAUAAGUUUACAAAACAUAGUUUCGAGGGAAACUGAUCCUUUAGAUUCUCAGGUAGUCUCAGUAUCCAUGAUUCAUGGUGGAACUGCAGUCAAUGUAAUCCCAGACUCAACAACAAUAGCAGGAACCUUCCGAGCUUUCAGUACGAAGAGAUUCAACGCACUUAGGGACAGAAUAGAAGAGGUAAUCAAAGCUCAGGCAGCCGUACAUAGGUGCUCCACUGUUAUCGAUUUCUCAGGAAAGGAUAACCCAACGGUUCCUCCGACCGUCAACGAUGAAAACGUAUACGAACACGUAAUGCGAGUGUCGAGGGAGAUUGUAGGAGAAGAAAACACAAAGCUAGCUCCUACUUUUAUGGGGAGCGAAGACUUCGCUUUCUACCUAAACAAGGUCCCAGGAUCAUUCCUCUUCCUAGGCAUCCACAAUGAGAAAGUCGGGGCCGUACAUCCUCUACACAGUCCUUAUUUCACCAUCGAUGAGGAUGUGUUUCCGAUUGGGGCAGCAGUUCAUGCUGCAUUUGCACUUUCAUUUCUCUCAAACUAUAGUAUGUACGUAUAGGACGUAAACAGCGAGCUACAGUAUAAAUGUAUAAUGAUAACUUUCUUUGUACCAAGUAUGUACGUAUUUUUAUUGAACUGAA